AUGGCUGAGGGUAGCUGGACCCCGACUGCUGAGCUGCCUCUGCAACAGGGGACACCGCCGGGUGGUGAGGUGGAGGAGCAUGGCGGCGGCAGUGCUGCUGCUGGGGCCGCGGCGGCGACGGCGACGGCGACGGCGGACGGGUCGGUGGGCUGGAACGGCAAGCCGUGCCGCAGAGACACGUCAGGAGGAUGGUUCGCCGGCUUCCUCAUGCUCGCCAACCAGGCGCUGGUGACGUUCGCGGUCAACUGCGUGGGGAUCAACCUGGUGACGUUCAUGUCGGUGGUGAUGAGGCUGGACAACGCGAACGCCGCCAACAAGGCCAGCAACUGGAACGGCACCACCUACGUCUUCUCCAUCGUCGGCGCCAUCGUCAGCGACUCCUACUGGGGCAGAUACAAGGCCUGCACCAUCUUCCAGCUCAUCUUCCUCGCUGGACUGGUGGAGCUGGCCGUCGCCUGCCACGUGUUCCUGGACAAGUCGUGCCACUUCGGCAACGGCGGGGGCCGGCAGGAGCACUGCAAGCCGCCCACGACGGUGCAGGCCGCCGUCUUCUACGUCUCCAUCUACCAGAUCGCGCUCGGGAGCGGCGGGUACCAGCCCGCGGCCAACACGUUCGGCGCCGACCAGUUCGACGAGACCGACGCCCGGGAGCGCAAGUCCAAGUCCGCCUUCUUCGGCUACUUCUUCGUCGCCAACAACCUCGGCGGCAUCCUCGCCGUCACCGCGCUCGCGUACAUGGAGGACAAGGGCGAGUGGGUCCAGGCGUUCUGGAUCGCCACCGCGGCGGCGCUGCUUGGCUACCUCCUCUUCGCCGUCGGGACGCUCAGGUACAGGCACUUCCUGGCCAGCGGGAACGCCGUCGUCAGCGUCUGCCAGGUGCUUGUUGCUGCCGUAAGGAACAGGCGUGUCAGAGCUCCGGUGCGAGAGCAAGACCUGUACGACCCCGAUGCUGCCGAUGGAGACCACGUGAAGACGGCCGGGGUCAGGAAGAUGGUGCACACACCAGAGUACAGGUGUUUGGACAAGGCAGCGGUGGUUAAAGAUCCAGCAUCUGCCCUUCAAGUCCAGCCAGCAGGUCAUCCGCCGCAGGGCAAUUCCUCCAAGCCCAAUCCAUGGAGGCUCUGCACAGUUACCCAAGUGGAAGAACUCAAGUGCAUCCUGCGGCUAGUCCCAAUCUGGCUCUGCAGCAUCCUCUUCUCCACCUCCUACUCGCAGAUGACGUCGGUGUUCAUCGAGCAGGCACAGGCCAUGGACGACUCCCUGUGGAAGCUGACCAUCCCGCCCGCCGGCAUGGACGUCUUCGAGAUACUGGGCGUGACGGCCUUCGUCUUCAUCUACCGGUUCUGCAUCGUCAAGGUCAUGACGAAGAUAUCGCACGAGCCGACGGAGCUCCAGAGGAUGGGCACCGGGCUCGUGAUCUCCACCGCGGCCAUGAUCACGUCCGGCGUGGUGGAGCAGCAGAGGCUGAUGCGCGCCACGGGAGGCGUCGACGCGUCCAGCACUCUGAGCAUCCUCUGGCAGAUCCCGCAGUACCUGCUGAUCGGGGCCUCCGAGGUAUUCAUGUACGUCACCAUGACAGAGUUCUUCAACGACCAGCUCCCGGAAGGCCUGAGGAGCCUCGGGAGCGCCAUGAGCGUCGCCUCCAUGUCGGCUGGGAGCUUUGCGAGCAGCCUUCUCGUCACUCUGGUGAUGACCAUCACCUGUAGAGGCGGCCGGCCUGGGUGGAUACCUCAGGAUCUCAACAAAGGUCAUGUGGACUGGUUCUUCUACCUCAUAGCAGCACUCAACGCCGUGGAUCUGUUUGCGUUCGUGGUGUUUGCCAAGAGGUAUAGGCCGGCUCCAGUGAUCAUACAUGGAGCAAAUGAAAAUGAAACCGGUGUCGAGAAGGUCCAGGAUGGGGAGGAAUGUAUUUGA